AUGAACGCGGAUGAAGACGAAUAUUUUAUCCAGGAACUUCUGAAGGACUUGAAUGUGACGUACGACACAAGCAUGGUGGAGACCGUAGGAGUCACACUGUGCAACAAGGCAUCUGUCAAUGACUUCGGCUCGAUGUUCAACCCGGUGUUCUGCUACAUCGGCUUCAUCCUGAGUUACCUGGGCAACGGCCUGGUCCUCUACAUCCUCUUCAAGUACGAGAAGCUCAACACGGUGACAAACAUCUUCCUGCUGGACCUGGUCCUCUCCAACAUCCUCUUCGCCUCCAGCCUCCCCUUCUGGGCCACCUAUCAUCAGUCCGAGUGGAUCUUUGGUACGGCGCUUUGUAAGAUGGUGAGCAGCGCCUACUUCAUCGGAUUCUACAGCUCCAUCCUCUUCCUCACGCUCAUGACUUUUGAUCGCUACCUGGCGGUGGUCCACGCCGUGGCGGCGGCCAGAAGCAGGAAGAGAAGCUACGCGGUGGUUUCUUCGGUGGUGGUUUGGUGCAUUAGUAUUUUAGCCAGUGUCAAGAAGCUGGUCUUCCAAAACGUCUUUGAGAAUCCAAUCUAUGGACUGAUGUGUGAGGAAUUCGGGUACUCAGAGGAAACCAUGUACUUCUGGAGCCUGGUCAGCUCCUACCAACAGUUCCUGGUGUUCUUCCUCCUCCCUCUGGCCAUCGUGACGUACUGCUACAUCAGCAUCACCAUCCGCAUCCUGUCCACCCGCAUGAAAGAGAAACGCCGCCCCAUCAAGCUCAUAUUUCUCAUCAUCUUCACCUUCUUCACAUGUUGGACCCCCUACAACGUGGUCAUCCUCCUCCAAGCCAUACAGAGCUCCGACCCACAAGUGGAAUGCGCAGACUCGGAUAAGCUGGACUACGCUAUGUUUGUAACGCGUAAUGUUGCCUACCUGUACUGCUGCAUCAGCCCAGUCUUCUACACCUUGGUGGGGAAGAAGUUCCACAGCUACUUGGAAAGGAUGCUCGCUAAGAAAGUCCCGUGUUUGAGCAGAUGCUUCAGUCUCAGGGGCCAGAGCACCAGAUCCACGUCACAACAUUCCAAUGUCAGAUAAACCUACGCCGGGGGGGGGUCCACAAUGCAGCCCCCUAAUCGUUUAGUGAAAAACGACCAUUAUUACGACCACACAGAAGACCAAAAACUAGCAACCUUCCAUGCCAGUAAUAAGACCACUGCACUUCCUGGUCAUUAACGCCACUUUCAUAGGAUCAGGAGCCUGGCAGUUAUGUGGACGGUUGCGUUGAAGACACUUGGGAUUUCUGACCGUCUGUGUGUGUGUGUGCAUGUGUGUGGACAGUUGAUUUUGCUGAUGUUGUUUGGGCGCAGUUGCAUCCAAGAUUAGCCUCUUUUGUUUUUGCAUUAAAGAAAAUUGUCCUGUUGAGUGCAUAUGACCUUUAACCUCAGAGAUGGACUUGGGCCUCCAACUUAGCUGUCACCGAGGGUCACUCUUUAUGUUAGUUAUGAGGGCCUCAUGCUUCACUGCCUGGUUAUGACACACUAGA